UAUUAUAUCAUUGUGAUGUUUUUGUUAACACUAAUAUAUCUAUUACAAAUUAUGAAAUUAUUAAAAAAAAUAUAGUCAAUAAAUUUAUUUGUCUUAAAACAUUUAUGUAUAACAGUUUUAUUUGUCCCAUAUAUUUUAAAAAGAAAAAAACUAUUUGUAUCAUAAUCCUAUUUUUCACUAAGCAGAAAAUGUUAUGUAUUUUUAUUAAUUUAUAAACUAUAAUAAAAGUAUUUUUACAUAUCUAAAACUCCAAGUUUUUCUUAUAUAAAAUGAAAUAUUAAUGAAACAGAGCUUUCAUGAGUUUCAGCACUAUAUAUUUUGGUGAUAUUAAUUUUUUUUUGAAUUAAUUAGUUUUCAACUAAAAACUAUAACUAUUAAACAAUCUGUAACACUCGCCUUUUUCUGUUCAACUGACAACCGGUAUCACCAUAUUCUAUUUCAUACUUGUAUAAUCUGGGAUUAAAUUCCAUAAAAUUAUUAAUUCAGUCCUUGUAUAAUUUGAGAUUUGUUUGAUGGUUUUUCUCCAUUCCGAAGUAUACAAAAUCACCAGCAAUCCUUUUACAACAUAAACCAAAUAAAAUCAUCAGUCAUUUUCAAUAUUCAGUUACUCUCAGUUAAAAGGAUUAGUGUUUAUUUUGAGUUUUGACAUGUAUGGAUUAGUGUCUUUGGACAUAGUUAAAAAGGAUUAUUUUGUCAUCAUCAGCCACAGAACGUCUUAUUAAAUUGGGUCCCAAAGUGCUAUUUUCUGCAGCUUCUUAAUGCUACUGUGUUAGACGUGGCUUAUCCCACAUGAAAUUUACCAAGACCACCAUACAUUUUCUUAGUAUCUCCCCCCUUUAUCCCAAAACUUAUAUUUCGAUACACUUCAAUUGUUUGCUUUUACAACUCGUAGUGAUAAACCAAAGCCGAAUGCUUGAUUUGUAUUCCAAGACACUUCAACCUUUAAAUUAAUACACAUAUAAAAUAUGUUGUUGAAUGUUUUCUUUAAGACUGUCCUUGGAGAAUCCUCCAAGUUUAACCAAAAGCCAAAAGUAUAUAUAUAAUAAACCAGGCACAUCCUUGUGCAUUAUGUAACUGACCCAGCUUCAACACACAUAAUCGCAGAAACGUUUCUCUCAUACACUUAUAGAUCCAUUUUCGUACAAAUGGAGCUUGAGGAACAGAAGAAGUAUUUCCAUGGAACACUCGAGAUUACAAUCUUCGACGCAACCCCUUUCUCUCCUACAUUUCCUUUCAAUUGUAUAUGUACGAAGCCAAGACCAGCUUACGUGACCGUUAAGCUAAACAAGAAGAAAGUUGCUAAGACAAGCUUAGAGCAUGACCGUGUCUGGAACCAAACUUUUCAGAUCCUCUGCGCACAUCCCGUUUCCGACACGAACAUCACAAUCACGCUCAAGACUCACUGUUCUGUUCUCGGAAGAUUCCGGAUCUCUGCAGAACAGAUUCUCACUUCUAAUACAGCAAUUGUCAACGGGUGCUUUCCUCUGACUACAAAUAACGGAUCAACAAAACCUAACUUAAAGCUCAAGUGUAUGAUGUGGUUCAGACCGGCUUAUCUAGAACCGGGGUGGUGCAAAACGCUCGAAGGAGAGUCUUUUCAAGGUAUCAGAAACGCGAGUUUCCCGCAAAGAUCGAACUGCAGAGUUGUGUUGUAUCAAGACGCGCACCAUAAAGCCACGUUUGAUCCUAGGGUUCAUGAUGUUCCUUGUAAUGCAAGAAACCUAUGGGAAGAUGUUUAUAAAGCGAUUGAUUGCGCUAGGCACUUAGUUUACAUCGCAGGAUGGGCAUUAAACCCUAAUCUCGUUCUCGUACGGGACGAUGAAACAGAGAUUCCACACGCAGUGGGAGUAACAAUCGGUGAGCUUCUGAAACGCAAAGCACAUGAAGGCGUAGCGGUGAGAGUAAUGCUGUGGAACGACGAGUCGUCUAUACCGAUGAUCAAGAACAAAGGUGUAAUGCGAACAAACGACCAAACAGCUCUUGCUUACUUCAGAGACACGAGUGUUGUUUGUAGACUGUGUCCAAGAUCGCACAAGAAGCUCCCCACAGCUUUCGCACACCACCAAAAGACCAUCACGGUGGACACACGUGUAACGAAUACAAACACAAAAGAGCGAGAGAUCAUGAGCUUCCUCGGCGGUUUCGACCUCUGCGAUGGUCGUUACGACACAGAGGAGCAUUCUCUGUUCCGUACACUCGGGACAAGUGAUGAUUUUUAUCAAACAAGCCUUGCUGGAGCUAAGCUAAGCAGAGGAGGACCAAGAGAGCCGUGGCACGAUUGUCACGUGUGUGUGGUAGGGGCAGCAGCAUGGGAUGUUUUGAAGAACUUUGAACAGAGAUGGACCAAACAGUGCAACCCUUCAGUGUUGGUCAACACCUCAGGGAUAAGAAACUUAGUAAACAGAACCGGACCAGAGACAACCGAAGAAGAUGACAGGAACUGGAAUGUUCAGGUCCUGAGAUCGAUAGAUCACGUGUCGGCAACGGAGAUGCCAAGAGGCUUACAGGUUGAGAGGAGUGUACACGACGGCUAUGUUGCAGCUAUACGGAAAGCAGAGAGGUUUAUAUACAUUGAGAAUCAGUAUUUCAUGGGAGGCUGCGAGCAUUGGGAGGGGAAGAACGGAAGCGGAUGCACAAACUUGAUACCCGUUGAAAUAGCUUUAAAGAUUGCAGCUAAGAUACGCGAGAAGGAGAGGUUUGCGGUGUAUAUAGUGAUACCAAUGUGGCCUGAGGGGACACCAGAGAGCGAAACGGUCGAAGAGAUGCUUCAUUGGACGAGAGAGACAAUGUCGAUGAUGUAUAAGAUCAUCGGAGAGGCGAUAUGGGAAGUUGGAGACGGGUCGCAUCCGAGAGAUUACUUAAACUUCUUCUGUCUCGCAAACAGAGAAGAGAAGAGAGAUGGAGAGUAUGAAGCAGCUUCGUCACCGCAUCCCAAAACGCAGUACUGGAACGCACAGAGGAGCAGGAGAUUCAUGGUCUAUGUCCACUCCAAGAUCAUGAUAGUGGACGACGCAUACGUUUUAAUAGGAUCGGCCAACAUAAACCAGAGAUCAAUGGACGGUUGCCGUGACACAGAGAUUGCAAUAGGUUGCUACCAAAGAAAUACAACCAAGACCAAUGAGAUUCGAGCUUACCGAUUGUCGCUCUGGUACGAGCAUACAGGUGGCCAGAUCACAGUGGAUGAGUUAUCUUUCUCGGAGCCAGAGAGUCUUGAAUGCGUCCGAGGAUUAAGAACAAUGGGGGAGCAGAUGUGGGAUAUUUACAGUGGAGAAAAGGUCGUGGACAUGAACGGUGUACACUUGGUUGCGUACCCCAUUAGUGUGACGAGAGAUGGUGUGGUUGAGGAAAUCGGCGACGGAGUUUUUCCUGAUACCAAGACGUUGGUGCGAGGGAAAAGAUCCAAGAUGUUGCCUCCGGUUCUAACAACAUGAAAGAAAAUGUCAGAAUCAGAAUCAUGACUUGCAAUGUUAUAUGUAUUAAGUAACUUUCAACUUGUUGAUUAUGAUAUUAAAACGCAUUUAGAUGUUGACUAUGUAAAGAUGAUUGUAACACACUUACUGGUUUCUAUAAUGACCAUUUUGGUUCCUUUUUC